AUGCCGGGAUAUGCAAAAUUCAUGAAGGAGCCGGUCACUAAGAAGAGAAACAUGGACUUCGAAACAAUUGAAGUUUCUCAUAAUUGUAGUGCCAUUAUGACUAGCGAGAUAAUUACAAAGAAAGAAGAUUCGGGGGCAUUCACUAUCCCAUGCACCAUUGGUAUGCUUCAAUUCGCUAAAGCUUUAUGUGAUUUGGGGGCAAGUAUAAAUUUGAUGCCCUACACAAUCUUUGAACAACUUGGGCUGGGAGAACCAAAAUCCACAACAAUGCGGCUUCUUAUGGCGGACCGAUCGAUCAAGCACCCCGUUGGGAUAUUCUAUGACAUAUUGAUGAAGGUUGAUCGAUUCAUCUUUCCCGCUGAUUUUGUUAUUCUUGAUUGUGAGAUUGAUGUUGAAGUUUUUAUUAUUUUGGGGAGGCCAUUUUUAGCAACCAGAAGAGCUCUAGUUGAUCUUGAAAGUGGGGAGUUGAAGUUCCAGGUAAAUGAAGAUCGGGUCACCUUCAAUGUGUGCAAAUCAAUGAAGCAGCCUAGUGAUAUUCAUGUAGUUUCAACGAUUGAUGUGAUUGAUGAAGCGGUGGCUAGUGUGAGCGAACUGAUGUGUAUGGGGAAACCUCUUGAAGGUGUUUUUUCAAAUUAUGAUGAAACCGAAGUUCAAUGGUAUGAUGAAGUGGUGGCUGCUCUAUCGGGAUUAAGUGAAUACUCAAGGAACCCAUUGAAGCUAGACAUUGAUCUAAAGAAUCAAGAGAGUCCUCCCGCUAAACCAUCCACAGAGGAACCGCCAAAGCUUGAGUUGAAAGUGCUUCCCGCUCAUCUUUGGUAUGCAUUUUUUGGGCGAAUAAUACCUUGCCCAUUAUCAUUGCAACUGGCUUGCUUGAAUGUCAAGUGA